GACCCAAAAUGGCGGCCAUGCUUCAACCGGGAAUGCUAAGUCAUCGUGAACAAACCAUGGCUUCUGACGAUUAUCCAGACUGGCUAACAGCAGAACAUAGAACAGGAACAACAAUAAUGGCUGUUGAGUUCAAUGGCGGCGUGGUGAUAGGUGCUGAUUCACGAACAACAACUGGCAUUGAAAUGGGUGAACAGCCACUUGUGAAAACAGUGGCUAAUGUCUUCCGUGAGGUUUGCUAUGGAAACCGCGAUUCACUGACAGCUGGCAUUAUUUGUGCAGGUUGGGAUAAGAGAGAAGGAGGACAGGUUUUUUCAAUUCCCCUGGGUGGAAUGUGUGUGAGGCAGCCCUUUGCCAUAGGAGGAUCUGGAAGUACUUACAUCUAUGGCCAUUGUGAUGCUACUUACAAACAUGGAAUGACAAAGGAGGAGUGUUUCAAAUUUGUGGCAAAUGCUGUGGCGUUGGCUAUGUCAAGAGAUGGUUCAUCAGGUGGAAUAAUCCGUUUGGCAGCCAUUGAUGAGUCAGGCAUAGAAAGGAGAGUUAUUCUCGGAAAUGAGCUUCCUACUUUCUACGAAGGAUAAAUAGCACCACUGAAAGUUUCCUGUUCCAUUGACAUUUUAUUUGUAUUAAAAUUAAUCACCGACUGUAGAGCAGAAAUAAAAUCUUGUGGUUUGAGUAGUCUAA